CCUUUAAUUUUAGAUCAACCAAACAUGGCCUUCACCUCACCGAGCCAAACAGCUCCACAGCUAACGAAGCCCCACCACUGCUUCUCCUCCUCCUCCUCCUUAUUCCAAUCGCAAAUACCCUUAAAACUCAGCAAAAUUACGAUUUCACCCACCAAGCCACCUGCAAAUGUUUGUGUACAAUCAAUGUCGGUUCAGGAUGUUGCGGAACCCGCCGUCGUUCAACGACCCGAUUCGUUCGGCCGGUUCGGGAAAUUUGGGGGGAAAUAUGUACCCGAAACACUAAUGCAUGCUCUCGACGAGCUCGAAACCGCCUUCAAUUCGCUCGCUACCGACCAUGACUUUCAGAAAGAACUAGAAGGAAUAUUGAGAGAUUAUGUUGGCAGAGAGAGCCCUCUUUAUUUUGCAGAGCGGCUUACUGAGCAUUAUAAACGUGCAGAUGGUGAAGGACCAUUGAUCUACUUGAAAAGGGAAGAUCUAAACCACACUGGUGCCCACAAAAUCAAUAAUGUUGUUGCCCAGGCUUUGCUUGCCAAGCGCUUGGGAAAGAAACGCAUUAUUGCUGAGACAGGGGCUGGUCAGCACGGUGUUGCCACUGCUACUGUCUGUGCUCGGUUUGGUUUGGAGUGUGUUAUUUAUAUGGGUGCUCAAGAUAUGGAGAGACAAGCACUGAAUGUCUUCAGAAUGAGGCUGCUUGGAGCUGAGGUUAGAGCUGUCCACUCUGGAACUGCUACGCUCAAGGAUGCUACUUCAGAAGCUAUAAGGGAUUGGGUUACAAAUGUUGAAACAACUCAUUACAUACUUGGUUCUGUUGCAGGACCACAUCCUUACCCCAUGAUGGUUAGAGAGUUCCAUGCAGUGAUCGGUAAAGAAACGAGGAAGCAAUCAUUAGACAAGUGGGGUGGGAAACCAGAUGUGCUUGUUGCAUGUGUUGGUGGAGGUUCGAAUGCGAUGGGACUGUUCCAUGAGUUUGUUGAUGACAAAGAUGUGAGGUUGAUUGGGGUGGAGGCAGCAGGUUUUGGUCUAGACAGUGGUAAACAUGCUGCCACUUUGACAAAGGGAGAGGUGGGUGUUCUUCAUGGAGCUAUGAGCUAUCUACUGCAGGAUGAAGAUGGGCAGAUAGUUGAGCCCCACUCUAUCACUGCUGGGUUGGAUUACCCUGGAGUUGGGCCAGAACACAGCUUCUUGAAAGAUUUGGGGAGAGCAGAGUACCACAGUAUCACAGAUGAGGAGGCUUUGGAAGCCUUCAAAAGGCUAUCUCGGUUAGAGGGCAUUAUCCCCGCUCUGGAAACAUCUCAUGCUCUGGCCUACUUAGAGAAGCUGUGUCCAACUCUUCCGAAUGGAACUAAGGUUGUGCUUAACUGCAGUGGUAGAGGAGAUAAGGACGUUCAGACUGCUAUUAAAUAUUUGAAGGUUUGAUGGAGCUCCUUGUUAUUGCUUGGCCCAGAGGAUUCUGUGUACUCUAUGAAGGUAUCUUGAAGUAUUUCUGUUUAUAGGCAGAACAAAUUUUGUAAGUUAAAAGAAGAUUUUGCUCAAUUUUUGUUGCUAGAACUGCUGGUUCACAAACCUGAUAGGAUUCUUUUGAUCGUUUGGAAAUUACUAAUAGGCCGAGAUUUCCACCUAAUCUGAAAGUGUUCAGGUUUCUCCAUGUAUACUUAGUAUUGUCACUUGGUUUCUGUCAGUAAACGUGUGUUCUUUUGUUUAGUUUUAUACAAGAUACUUUGAUA